UCGUUGGGAUCAUCCGCUCCUCAUCCUCGGCGUCUUAGAAUUUGCUCGCCGUGAGCAAUGUUUGUUUUCUCUGUCGUCCUUUGGAACGGGAAAAUGUGCGUAGCUUCAAAGCGCCGGCGUGCGCAGCAAACAUCAUCCUGGCUUCGCGGUGGUCUGCGAGGUGGAGCCUGGUCUGGAAUGCACUUGGUCGCGAAUGUGGUACGAACAGGAAAGGGAUACUAAAGACUGUUUCGGCUAGAGCGUUAUGGGUACAACUUUGCUGUCGUCCCCGCAGCUUCGGCUCUCCUACCCUAUAUGUCAGAGGCAUGCUACGGAGUUGCCGCAUAUGAUUAACUUAUUCCACAUUUUAACGCGUUCUGUGACUGUAUUUGCGACGCUGCUGACCGUUGUCAUUUUGAAGGUUCAGGUUAUGUUCAAGGUCAUUCGCUCGAAACUGACUUAUGUCGGUGGGAUCAUCGCCAAGACCUGGUCUGUCGAAUGCGCAUCUGCUUUUUCAACCUCCUUCGAUUCGCCGGUCUGUCCCUCGUAUCCAUGUUCAGUCCGCCCUGCGGGUUACUUGGGAUCUCUAUUCGCAGGUUCAACUGGUUCGAUCCUGUCUUCUUUCGUCUUUAACCAUGGGUUUGGCUCUCACACCUCAAGUCUACUGUCAUUCCGCUGCAUCACCCUUCCUUCGGGAUCAGUGACAGAGACUUAUUCUCAAGUUCAGCGGUGAUGGGACGGCUUUUGGGCGUGCAUGCUCCUUUCCCAGAUGACAAGAUUAC